CUUCAGCAACAGAAACGCCUAUCUCACGUGACCCGUUCUGAACCAGGAAGAGUGUCGUACACGGACAUCUAUACAAUAGGGCAAUUAGCUCAUUUGCAAAGUAAAACAUUUUUUUUUAGGUGAAGUGGAACUCAAAUACAUGCGGACAUGGAUGACACACUCUUCCAACUGAAGUUUACAGCAAAACAGCUUGAGAAACUUGCCAAAAAGGCAGAGAAGGAUUCAAAAUCUGAGCAAGCCAAAGUUAAAAAGGCUCUUCAGUUGAAGAAUGUGGACGUUGCCAGAGUGUAUGCAGAGAAUGCCAUCCGUAAGAAGAACGAGGGCCUUAAUUGGCUGCGCAUGGCAUCUCGUGUUGAUGCUGUAGCCUCCAAGGUCCAGACUGCAGUCGCUAUGAAGGCGGUCACAAAGAAUAUGACGCAGGUCACCAAGGCACUCGACAAGGCACUGGGUUCCAUGGACCUGCAGAAGGUGUCUGCUGUCAUGGACAAGUUUGAAACACAGGUCCAGAACCUGGAUGUUCACACCUCUGUGAUGGAGGACUCGAUGAGCUCGGCCACCACGCUGACCACUCCCCAAGACCAGGUGGAUGACCUCAUCCUCCAGAUAGCAGAGGAGGGUGGUCUGGAGGUGAUGGACCAGCUCAGCCAGGUGCCUGCAGGUGCCACCUCACUGGGAGAGAGCUCGUCACGCUCACAGCACGAGAAGGAGGACCAGCUGUCCCGCAGGUUGGCAGCGUUGCGGAACUGAAGAUGUAUCUUGGGUAUUUGCGAGACAGAUGGAGGCUUGACAGCUGCUCGGGAACAGACAGCGGGGAGCUGUGUGACUCUAUCGAACUGUUCUUAUCGUGAUGACCUAAUGAGCCUAUUGAUUUCCAUUCCCACUUCUAUUUAUAUACACACUCACACUGUGUUGCUGAAUAUACCACCUGAGAAGGCAUGGGUCUCUCCUUUGUCUCUCUGUCCAUCUCUCUCUCUCUGUUGCACAACAAUCUAUUUUCCCCACCUCUGGUUUUCCCUCUCCCAUAUCAGUCUUUCUGUCUCUCACUCUUGUCUUCUCUCCUUCAGGGCUCCCUUAAAUAUUCCCCUUGGUUGGUUAGUUCUUGUGAAUUUCGGUACAUUGCCACUUGAGAUUUUCUUUUUUUGUAUGUAUAUUUGAAUGGGAGGGUUUUACAAAAUAUAUAAAUCCUAUAGUGGAAAGGGGUGUUUUAAAACAGACAUUCAUGUAAUAUAAGCUUGGACCCCUGGCACUUAUUGGGUGUUGUAUUUCAAAUGUGGGGUUGUCUUUGUUUUUAUAUUUAAUAUCUUUUGUUUUCUAUUCGCUACCGGUCAGAUGGAAGGAGUAAAACACCAGGUUAUCUUCAACACAGUGUAAAGGGGAGGCCUUCUUCUACCAAACAGACCAUCAGUAUGAGUGCUCUGAUGUAUACCAACUUUUCCACAGUUUGACAACACAAAGAAAGUCAAGACACCACACACACUACUUAUUCUUAACUCCUAUGAGAAAUGAUCCUUUGACAUAAUGUAACAAUUUACAUAAUGUAAGCAUUAGUUAUAUACUGUACAGGGAGGACAAUUCUCAGUUUUUUUUUAAGCAGUCAAAUUAACUACUUUUUGUUUCUUUAUUUCUCUUAAUCUUUUGCUAAAUCAUACCUAUUUGCUUUGAAUAUGUACGCCUUAUUGGGAUGCAGGUAUUUGCGUAGGUGCUCCUCCUCAGUGCCUGAAUUAAACUAGUUCUAGUGAUUGAUCCUAUGUAGGUUAUAUGUCAGCAUAUAAUAAGGAUUCCCCCUUUCUGUACCCAUCAAACCAGAAAUGUUGCUGCUGUAGCUACAGUAAGACAUUUUGGGAAUCAUUUUCAUUUUACAGGGGAGGUUUAUUUAUACUCAAAUGUAUAUUAUCUUGUGGAAAUAAAAGCCCUCUGAUAUGAAAA